AUGUCUACUGAGGGAUUGUUAAGCCAGGAGACAAACGACGUUGCCUAUGAAUUUACGGCCACGACAUUCAAGAAAUCGUCCAAGCUUGGUUUUGCCAGUACACGACCGGAUGGUACUCCAUUUUUCUGGUUCCGAUCAUGGAACCAUGAGCGCAUCACAAACGAAGCCAAGGCUCUAGAGCUCAUUGCCAACAAGACAACAAUUCCUGUUCCACGUCUGAUUGAGCAUGGAAUUCAUCCAAAUGGCUGCAGAUACCUCAUUACCGAAAUUAUUGACGGCAUCAUCCUAGACAGGGUCGGGCACGAGGGUUGUUUGCAGCCAAAGGAUCAGCUGCACACAGAGGCAGAUUCUUGCCAGGCUUGCGCUGACCAAGCCUACUCCAACGCUCUUGCUUUUAUUAGCAAUGUCGUUAUACCUCAACUUUCUGCUUUAAAGUCCAAAGAAAGAGGGAUAGAUGGCUUUGUGAUGCCGCCACGAUGGCUGAGCCCUGAUGUACUAGCCCCGUGGCGAGGCAAGAAAGCCUUCCAGACUCUGCCUCUCCAGACGCCAGAGUACACCUUCCAGCACGGCGAUUUGGCAGCUCAUAACAUCAUGAUGGAUAAGAAGACGCUGCAGUUUAAAGCGCUCAUUGAUUGGGAGUAUGCCGGGUUUUUCCCCGUCGGCAUGGACAGGUGGCCGGGGACCUUGGACAGCGACGCGUACCGGGAGGUGGCCGAGGAUCUAGCGCCCGCAAUUGCUCGUUUUCUUCCCCAAGAGUACGUGGAGUGCUAUGAAGCCUGGUCGGAUAAGAAGCAGCUGGAGGAUCUGGUGAGAGAGGGGGGAAUCCCCGACCCGGUCGAGGUCAAGAAGCAGCUUGGUGUUUUCAUUCUUUACAAGGGCGAGGGCCGGAAACGCAGGCCGGACCAGUCGGUUCAAGGGAAGCAUGUGGACAACACGAGCCAAUGGGUAGCUUCGAGUAGCCCUAUACUCAACGUUCCAAAGAACAAAAAAUGCAAGAAACCCGGCUCCCCGCAAUCUGCCGGUCGGUCAUCGGAUCCCUUGGCUGUUCGACGCCCGUGGAGCACCUCGCCUCGGCAUGUGCAAAGGGUCGCGGGAGCCCCCGGGGCCUGCUCUGUUGUUGUCAAUGAGGCGCGCCAGCACAUGGUGGUGGGUGCCAACAAAAGGGGCGUGCGACCCCAAACACUGCGAGUAGACCUUUUCGGACGGCCGGAGAAUCACGGAUCAAGGGUCUCGACAUGUUCUGGCAUCUCUGAGGGUGCUCAUGUGUCUGACGAGAUAGGGGAGAGCGAGCAGGGCGGGUUGAGGGAGAGGACGAGUAAUAGGCGCCGCCCGGACACGGCGAACGGGUAA